AAGCUCAGAAUUUCCAUCUCCACCAGCAGCAGCCUCAGCUUCUUCCAGAAGUUUCUGGUGCAGCUGGGGCCAGUGUGUGGGACAGAAUCCAGCCAAGCGUGCCUGGGCUUCCACUCCACAGUCAGGAAGUUUGAAGAAUGAGGCCCUUCAGCUCUGAGCUGCCAGGAUUUCUGGUGGAAGAGGCAGGAAAAGGCCUCCCUCAUCCAUCAAUCAGGUCAGCCUAGGACUGAGGGCCCAGUUCUCUUGGCUCCUCUUUCUAGAACAAAUGUCACAGCUCCACUGGCCCUUGGAGAAGAAGGGUGGGCAAGAUUAAGACAGGAUAAGGCAUGGGGGAGGCAAAUGUCAGAGUUCUGGCCAAAGGUUUCCCCAGACCCACCUCAGGCCACUGCAGACCACCUGUUGUGCAUCUGUACUCUCUUCCUGACCUUGCUUGACUUGGCCCAAGGCUCCAGGGGUUCCAUAGACCCCAACAAGCCAUUCAUCACUGUCUGGAACGCAGACACCCAGUGGUGCCUGGACAGACACGGAGUAGAUGUGGACGUCAGUGUCUUUGAUGUGGUUGCCAACAAGGGACAGACCUUCCGUGGCUCUGACAUGACUAUUUUCUACAGCUGGCAGUUGGGUACCUACCCCUACUAUACAUCCACUGGGGAACCCGUAUUUGGUGGCUUGCCCCAGAAUGCUAGCCUGGUUGCUCACCUGAUCCACGCAUUCCAGGACUUCAAAGCUGCCAUGCCUGAACCUGACUUCUCAGGAUUAGCAGUCAUUGAUUGGGAGGCAUGGCGCCCACGCUGGGCCUUCAAUUGGGACAGCAAGGACAUUUACCGGCAGCGCUCCCGGGCACUGGUAAAGGCAGAGUACCCUGACUGGCCUGAAACUUCAGUGGAGGCAGCAGCCCAAGACCAGUUUCAGAAAGCUGCCCAAGCCUGGAUGGCAGGCACCCUCCAGCUAGGACAGGUACUGCAUCCUCAUGGCCUCUGGGGCUUCUAUGGCUUCCCUGACUGCUACAACUAUGACUUUCUAAGUCCCAACUACACAGGCCAGUGCUUGCCAAGCAUCUGUGACCAGAAUGACCAGCUAGGGUGGCUGUGGAACCAGAGCCGUGCCCUCUACCCCAGUAUCUACUUGCCUAAAGCAUUGAUGGGUACAGGGAAGACACAGAUGUAUGUUCAAAAUCGUGUGCAGGAAGCAUUCCGUGUAGCUAUGGCUGCCAGAGACCCCAAUUUGCCAGUACUGCCCUACCUCCAGAUCUUCUACAAAAUGACAAAUCAUCUUCUACCCCUGGAGGAGCUGGAAUACAGCCUGGGGGAGAGUGCAGCCCAAGGAACAGCAGGAGUGGUGCUCUGGGUGAGCUGGGAAAACACAAGAACCAAGGAAUCAUGCCAAGUCAUCAAGGAAUAUAUGGAUUCCACACUUGGGCCCUUCAUACUGAAUGUGACCAAUGCAGCUCUUCUCUGCAGUAAAUCCCUGUGUUCUGGCCAUGGCCGCUGUAUGCGCCACCCCAGCUACCCUGAGGCUUUCCUCAUCCUGAACCCUGCCAGUUUCUCCAUAACAUCUGAUAGCAGGCCCCUGACCCUGAAGGGUGCCCUCUCACUUGAGGAUCAGACACAGAUGGCUAAGAAAUUCAAAUGUCGCUGUUACAGGGGCUGGAGUGGAGAGUGGUGUGAAAAGCAGGGCAUGUGGUGAUUGUGCCAGGUUGCACACUUUGAGUACCUAACACACCCUGUGCCUACUUGUGACUUUCUCAAAUACAGUCACAGACACAAGUCAGCCAGGAGUAGACUCACUGGCAUAGUCAUAUGAACAUGCAUACUCACAGACUGGAGUAGUCAUCCAAUGAGUUAGAACUAAGGGCAGACACCAUCAACUCAGUGCUUAUAAGGGCAUACUUGACAGGAUCAUAGACAAUUCCUGCAGCACUGAGACAGAAGUCACAAAAGAUAACAUUUGACAUGUACCUGCUUUGUGCCAAGUCCUGUGCUAAGCACAUAAGUGAGCUAAGUUAUUCAAUCCUCACAAUGAGGCGAUGAGAAAUCUGAGGCACCCAGGGAGGGUGAAUACUUUUUGUCCAAUGUUGCACAGCAAGAAGAAAGACAAGCAGAUUGAAACUAAACUAUCUGCACUAGGGAUAGAACCCUUGUGCACCUACUGUGUGUUGAUGGUGCCCUAAGUGAGCUGGGAAAAUAACACCACUUCAUACAUAUAUAAUCCCUAAAUCCUCUGAGACACUUGCACUGCUCAACCCAGAAAAUAAAGUUAUGAUUUGCUUAA